UUUCGCUCUUACACAAGACUCCCUUCUUCGUCGUAGUUCGCGAAGAGAGAAGCCCCAACUUGGUUCGUUCGAUCUCACGGGAUCUCUCCACCGUCUCCAAGUCUCUCGUCUUCUUUACGUCUUCCUCCUUCUUCCCCUCCUGGGGGGGAAAGAAACCCUCGUUGCGGAUCCGCCAUGGCGAAGCCCCCGAAGUACGAGGAGUUCUCCGACGAGGGUACCAGCAGCGGCUCGAUCUCCUCCGACGAGGGGCCGGGGAGCGGAGCGGAGGGCGACCAAGAGGUGGAGGAGGAGGACCAGGAGGAGCUGGAGGCGGUCGCAAGGACUGGGAGCUCAGACGAUGACGAGGCCAGGGAGGACGAUGAUCAGGCCACGGAGGACGAUGAAGCCGUCGGGGAUGAGGCCUUGGAAGCAUCUGCAAAUGCAGAAGUUGGGGUGCGCGAAAAAGCCAGGCUCAGAGAACUUCAGAGAAUGAAGAAACAAAAGAUCCAAGAAAUCUUGGAUGCACAGAAUGCUGCUGUCGAUGCUGACAUGAACAAUAAGGGGAAAGACCGCUUAAAAUAUCUGCUUCAGCAGACAGAAAUAUUUGCUCAUUUUGCAAAAGGAAGCCAAUCCGAAUCAGAUAAGAAGCCACGGGGAAGGGGACGUCAUGCAUCAAAAAUCACGGAGGAAGAAGAAGAUGAAGAAUACCUCAAGGAGGAAGAAGAUGCUUUGGCGGGUGCUGGAGGAACACGCUUAGUGUCACAGCCAUCAUGUAUCCAGGGUAAGAUGAGAGACUAUCAGCUAGCAGGACUGAACUGGAUGAUACGGUUGUAUGAGAAUGGCAUCAAUGGGAUACUUGCUGAUGAGAUGGGUCUUGGAAAAACAUUGCAAACCAUCUCAUUACUUGGCUAUUUGCAUGAGUAUAGAGGAAUUACAGGGCCCCAUAUGGUGGUAGCUCCAAAAUCUACUCUUGGCAACUGGAUGAGGGAGAUUCGCCGUUUCUGUCCUGUUUUACGAGCUGUUAAAUUUCUUGGAAAUCCAGAAGAGAGGAACCAUAUAAGGGAAACUUUGUUGGUGGCUGGCAAGUUUGAUGUGUGUGUUACUAGUUUUGAGAUGGCGAUCAAAGAAAAAACUGCACUUAGGCGUUUUAGCUGGCGCUAUGUUAUCAUUGAUGAGGCACAUCGGAUUAAAAAUGAGAACUCUCUUCUUUCUAAAACAAUGAGGCUCUAUCAUACUAACUAUCGUCUUCUUAUCACUGGCACACCUCUUCAGAACAACCUUCAUGAACUUUGGUCUCUUCUCAACUUUUUACUCCCUGAGAUAUUUAGCUCUGCUGAAACUUUCGAUAAGUGGUUCCAGAUAUCUGGAGAAAAUGAUCAACAGGAAGUGAUUCAGCAGCUUCAUAAGGUUCUUCGUCCCUUUCUCCUUCGGAGGCUUAAAUCUGAUGUUGAAAAGGGCCUGCCUCCCAAAAAGGAAAUUAUACUCAAAGUAGGAAUGUCCCAGUUGCAGAAGCAUUAUUAUCGAGCUCUGCUUCAAAAAGAUUUGGAGGUCAUUAAUGCUGGUGGUGAACGCAAGCGGCUCUUGAAUAUUGCUAUGCAGCUUCGGAAAUGUUGUAACCAUCCAUACUUGUUCCAAGGUGCAGAACCUGGCCCACCGUAUACCACUGGGGAGCAUUUAAUAACAAGUGCAGGAAAAAUGGUUCUUCUGGAUAAAUUGCUCCCCAAGCUCAAGGAACGUGGCUCCAGAGUUCUAAUCUUUUCACAGAUGACUAGACUCCUGGACAUUUUGGAAGAUUAUUUAAUGUUUCGUGGUUAUCAAUAUUGUCGAAUUGAUGGGAAUACUGGUGGAGAAGAUCGUGAUGCUUCUAUUGAAGCCUUUAAUCAACCAGAAAGUGAAAAAUUCAUUUUCUUGCUUUCAACCAGAGCAGGUGGCCUCGGGAUUAAUCUUGCCACUGCAGAUGUAGUCAUUCUUUAUGACAGUGAUUGGAAUCCACAAGUUGAUCUUCAAGCACAAGAUCGUGCACAUAGGAUUGGACAAAAGAAAGAAGUUCAAGUCUUCCGAUUUUGCACUGAGUACACUAUCGAGGAAAAGGUGAUUGAAAGGGCAUAUAAGAAACUUGCCCUGGAUGCUUUAGUUAUUCAACAAGGGAGAUUGGCUGAGCAGAAAACUGUUAAUAAAGAUGAGUUGUUACAAAUGGUACGUUUUGGUGCGGAAAGGGUAUUCAAUUCCAAUAAUAGCACAAUAACAGAUGAGGAUAUUUAUGACAUCAUAGCGAAGGGUGAAAAGGCGACAGCAGAGCUUAAUGCCAAAAUGAAGAAAUUUACGGAAGAUGCAAUCAAGUUUAAAAUGGAUGACAAUGCGGAGUUGUAUGACUUUGAUGAUGAGAAGGAUGAUAAAGAACUUGAUCUUAAGAAACUUGUCACUGAGAAUUGGAUAGAGCCACCUAAAAGGGAACGAAAGCGCAACUACUCGGAAUCUGAUUACUUCAAGCAAGCUCUUCGUCAAGGUGGUGCUGCAAAAUCUAAGGAACCACGAAUUCCUCGUAUGCCCCAGUUACAUGAUUUCCAGUUUUUUAACACCCAAAGGCUCAGUGAGUUAUAUGAAAAGGAAGUUCGCUAUCUUAUGCAUACCCAUCAGAAGAAUCAAUUGAAAGACACUAUUCCUGAUGGGGAUGAAUCUGAAGACUUGGGAGAUCCAUUGACUGCUGAGGAGCAGGAAGAAAAGGAGCAGUUGCUGGAAGAGGGUUUCUCCACAUGGACACGGAAAGACUUCAAUACGUUCAUUAGGGCUUGUGAGAAGUAUGGACGGAAUGAUAUAAAAAGUAUAGCUUCGGAAAUGGAAGGCAAAACCGAAGAGGAAGUUGGAAGAUAUGCCAAAGUCUUUAAAGCAAGAUACAAAGAAUUGAAUGAUUAUGAUCGAAUAAUGAAGAACAUUGAAAGAGGAGAGGGAAGAAUCUCCCGGAGGGAUGAGAUAAUGAAAGCUAUUGGUAAAAAGUUGGAUCGCUACAAGAACCCAUGGUUAGAAUUGAAAAUUCAGUAUGGCCAGAAUAAGGGAAAGCUAUAUAAUGAAGAAUGUGACCGUUUUAUGUUAUGCAUGAUCCACAAGCUUGGCUAUGGAAAUUGGGAUGAGCUAAAAGCAGCUUUCCGCACAUCACCUUUGUUUCGCUUUGACUGGUUUGUGAAAUCCCGAACAACUCAAGAGUUGGCUCGACGAUGUGAUACACUGAUCCGUCUAGUGGAGAAGGAGAAUCAAGAAUAUGAUGAGCGGGAAAGACAAUCUCGGAAAGAUAAAAAGCUCACCAAGAAUCUGACACCAUCCAAGCGGUCCAUAACAAAGGCUCCAGCCCUUGAGACUCCUGCACUAAGUUCGUUCAAGAGGCGGAGGCAGUCAGAUGACUAUACUGGUUCAGGGAGGCGGAGGAGAUGAAUGCCGGAGGGAGGUUUUGUUGAUCGGCUGGAGAAGGUGCUUCAAACUUUUUAAAUUUUCUGAUUACAAGCAGAAGCUCCUCCAAACUUGUAGCUGUGGACUUGUGGUGUGCUAGUAGUACACGGGACACAGUGGUCAUGGUGUUCCUUGGACGCCUCUUUGUUGCUUGCUUUAGUAGAACAAUGUAGGACAUAACUGAUGGUCUUUAAGAGUUUGUACGGUCUUGUUACAUUGUGUGUACUCCAUGAACAUUAUUAGUAAGCGUGUAAAUGGCGCACCAUGCCGGCCACGCUUCCGUGAGAUGGUCAACUCAUUCUUUACUUAUUAACAAUGUUCAAUUAAAAAACGAAUCUAUGAUCCUGAGAUUCUUUUAACA